AAUUCGAUUAAAUUUUCGAAGGAGUUGCACUUGUUCGUCUGUGUACGUAAAACAUUUGGAGUAAAAAACCAUGCCUAAAGACUACUACAAGAUACUGGGCAUCCAGCGCACUGCCAAUGAUGGCGAAAUCCGCAAGGCAUAUCAUAAGCAAGCGCUGCGCUACCAUCCGGACAAAAACAAGAGCCCUCAGGCGGAGGAGAUCUUUAAGCAGGUGGCCAAGGCAUAUGAAGUCCUAUCAGACAAAAAGAAGCGCGGAUCGUACGACUCCCGCAAUGACAAGGGUACCCGACGCAAUACCGCGAAUCAAGGUAGCGGUUUCGGCGAUGGAACGGCAUUUGGUAGCUGUGGUGGUGGCAGUGGCAGUGGCAGUGGCGGUGGCAGUGGCGGUGGUCGCCAGAACAACCCGCGGGCCAACUUUGGACGUUUCUUCGACAACAGCGAAUCAUAUUCUACGUUCUUCGAGGAUAUCGAAAACGAUUUUGACAGCGACGAUGACGUCCUGUUGGGUGGAGGAGCGGGCGCGCCUAAACGUCGUUGCGAACAACAGUCACCCCAGUCAAGCAUCGAACAUGUAAUAUACGUUGCUCUGGAGGACAUUGCCAACGGGUGCAACAGGCGCAUGAAGAUCUCCCGGGCUUCGGGUAGGAACGGCGUUGAUGGGGUACAAUAUGACAGAAUUCUCACUGUCAAGAUACCUCCGGGCUGUAAGGCUGGCACCAAGAUCUGCUUUCCCAAUGAGGGUAUUCAACUGCCCAACCUUGAGCCCGCCAACGUCGUGUUUAUAAUCCGGGACAAGCCACACCCAAUCUUUCGCCGCGAUGGCAACAAUCUGCUGUACACAGCCGAAAUCUCGCUGAAGGAUGCUCUGUGCGGUUUACACGUGAUGGUGCCGACGCUUCUUGGCAGGCCGAUGGAACUCAAGACCGACGUGGGCGAGGUAAUCAGUCCGAAAUCCGUGCGCCGCAUUCUGGGCUACGGAUUGCCCGAUUCCAUUAAUAAUUCCCGUCGCGGCUCCAUCGUCGUCAGGUUCUCCAUCCAGUUUCCAGACGCCAUAUCCAAAGAACUCGCAUCCUCGCUCGACAGACUUCUGCAAAACUGAUCGAAUGGACACCUGGAGAUGUUAUCCGUCUUUAUGAACGGAUCAACGGAUCAUACAUACAACAAAAAAUCAUCUGUGCUCCACAUAAAAUUACAUAUUUUUUUUCUAUGUGAUUCAAUAAAGAUCUUAUAAUCU